CGCUGACGUUCGUUUGUUUGGUCCACCGCCGAAGAAGAGCGCGUCACUGUUGACUUCCGGGAACAGUUUGUUUUUUGCCGCUCUCUGAGAGAGAAUUUGCAUUGAGGAGAGAUGCCUGACCUCUGGCAGGAAGCCAUGGACCAUGCGGUAGCUGUGGCCAGGAAAGCAGGAGAGGUGGUCCGGGAGGCUCUGCAGAAUGAGAUGAAGGUGAUGUGUAAAAGCACCUCGGUCGACCUGGUGACUAAAACCGACCAGAAAGUCGAGCAGCUCAUCAUCGAUUCAGUCAAGGACAAAUUUCCUACACACAGUUUUAUUGGUGAGGAGUCGGUGGCUGACGGUCAGCCGUGCAUUCUGUCUGAAAAUCCCACCUGGAUCAUCGACCCUGUGGACGGCACCACCAACUUCGUACACGGAUAUCCCUUCGUGGCCGUGUGUAUCGGGUUUGCAGUGGAGAAGACGUUGGAGUUUGGUGUGGUGUACAGCUGUAUAGAGGAUAAGAUGUACACGGCGCGCCGGGGGAGAGGAGCGUUCUGUAACGGAGAACCUCUCCAAGUCUCCGAUCAGAAAGAGAUUAAUCAGUCCAUCAUCGCCACCGAGUUCGGCUCAAGCAGAGAUCCUGCAGUCGUCGACAAGAUCUUCUCCAACAUGAGGAGGAUCCUCUGUCUGCCAGUGCACGGGAUUCGUGGCGCCGGGUCUGCGGCACUGAACAUGUGUCUGGUGGCGGCCGGUUGCGUGGAGGCGUAUUACGAGAUCGGGAUCCACUGCUGGGACGUGGCAGCCGCCGCGGUCAUCGUUCAGGAGGCAGGGGGAGUCCUGCGGGACGUGGAGGGUGGACCGAUGGACCUGAUGUCGAGGAGAAUCGUGGCAGCAAAUAACCACACCAUCGCCGAAAGAGUGAUCAAAGAGGUCGAGGCGUAUCCUGCAGUCCGGGACGACGCCCCUUAGAGACUAAACCACGAUAAAGUUAUUUAUUGUGAUUUUUUUUGUUAAGUUUUUUUACAUCAAGUCUUAAAAAGCUUAGUGAAAUGAAAGUUUUGAAGCCAGUAAAGAAUUCACGAUCUCCAGUAUCAUAAAUCACAAAUGCUAUGUCUAAACUGUAAAUAUUGGCACCUCUGACAUU